GGCGGGCUCUUUGCGGAUUAGCAUAAACUUGGGGCCGCGCCGCUCGCCGCCGCCAGCCCCCUUCGCCGCCGCCAGCCCCCCGCCCCAGCUCCGAGCGGACAGCCGAGGGGCCGCCUGCGAACAGGAGGUUCCGAAGGGAGCAGCCCCGGGUGGAAGGGGCGCAGGCCGCCGCGCCCUGGGAGGCCCCAGAGCACACCAGCCACUCUGUCGCCUGCGGGCCCAGGACCGAAGCAAAGAAGCGGACCCCUGAAGCCAGCCUAGGGGUGGGCUCUCCAGGAGCCGCCCACCCGCAGGAUACGGGUGUCUUCAGAGUCCAUGUGAACCCGGGAACUGCUCUCCAGGGCUCUGGAGCCGAGAUGGCCGUGUUUGGGGGCACACCAGCACCACCUCCCCCGGCACCUCUUUGGAAUAGACCCCAGAUCAUCCCCGUUUGCUCGCUCUGCCUCCUGGUAUGGGCUGCACCGAGCCCGAAAGGCCCAUCACCGCCCCAGCCGAGCCAAAAGUGCUGUGCUUUUUGUGCAACUGAAGCUCGAAGCCGGCUGGUCAAAGAAAAUCUUCAGGUCUUUCUCACGAGUCACUGCCGCCGUGAAGCCAGGCGUCGUCCACAUUUUGCUUGUGAAGUUGACUCUUGGAACCCAAGAGGUUGUGGUUGGCCUCCUCUUGCCAUGCUGAGUGAAUUGCAGGCUCUUCCUUCCUGGCUGCUGGAUUCCCUCAGGUGCCGACUGUCUUUCUGCCUUCUUGCAGCCCUAAUCAUCUCCAAGGCUCAGAUCCAGCUGACAAAUUGGCUGCACGUCUCUGUGUCCCAGGAGAGAGCUCUCUGCUCAUUCUGCUGUUCUGCAUCCCCGUCUCCCAGCCUCGGGGCAGGGAGGGAUUCUGCAGGGCCUCCCAGGACCACCCAAAGCUGCUGGCUCUGCCUCUCUUGUGUAUCCCUGUGCCAAGUUCGCUCUUGGAGCCUUGGAGGUCUCGUUCUUACCCAGGGCUCUCUCUGCUGCGGGUCCCUACUGUCUGCCCCAGAGGGAGACUAAGUCCUAAGCCAGCCCUAUCAGGACAAAGGCCCCGUCCAACCCACCAGGCCUGGCUGCUGGCUGACCCAGGAGCUCUGCUGCGGGAGCCCAUUGGAGAUUGGAAAGGAGGGCAGCAGGGUGGUCAGCCUGCCUACACCCUGGAGGUUUAAUUAAAGAGAAGUUCUUGGGUUUCAUGAUAUUGAAGAGAUGACUGGGAUCAAUUACCUUGCAAAAGUAUACUUAUACUUGCAAAAGUAUAUCAGAAAAAAAUAAAAAUAAAAAGCAAAAUGGAAUGGA